CAGAACGCAACUAUUGUCAUCAUCAGUCAAUAUAUUUUCUUUCAUUUUUCACCAAAUUAAAUUUCUUGUAGACUUAACCCGACAUGGCUGCCGAAAUUGGUAGAACCCAGUCGACGGAAGCGAUAAACAAACAGUUGUUAGAAAACCAGUCGUAUCUUUACGAUGAAAAUCAAAAACUCCAAGAAAACGUUAAUAAGCUAUCUAAACAUUUGGAAGAUUUAAGAAGAAGUACGGUAGAUCCUAAAGUUCUAGAACAUCUUUUAUCGGAAAAGCAAAAUCUCAUCGCGAUCAACGAAACUUUAAAGAAAAAAAUUAAAGAUAUCAAAAGCUUGCCGCCCAAUCUCAAUAAAGGUGAUUUAGAAAGACAAAAAGUCGAGAAACAAGAAUUACUGAAGUCUAUAGACGAAUUGGAUGUUAUUCUUACACGAAUUAAUAAUAGGCCGGAAGCAUUUGAAGUAACACUGCCUAAAAAGAGUACGGUGCAAGAAUUAUACGAUACCUUAACAAGAAGAUUAGAGGAUGAACAGAAAAGAUCAGAUGAAACUGUUGAAACUAUAAGGCGAUUGAGAGACGAUGAUGAAAAGAUGAUAUUAAAAGAUAAAAUAACCGAUUUAAAACAGCUAAUCACAGACUUGGAAGUUGAAAAUACCAAGUUAAAAUUUGAAGCUGAACAACUUUCAGAAGAUGUUCAAAGACAUAAAAAUCAAUUAUCAGAAGCAUCUCAGGAAAUAAGUGGCCUUAAAAAGGACAAAAGUGUGUUGGAAAUCGAAAUUGAUCAUCUUAAACAGGUAAUAUCAGAUUUGGAGCAUGAAAAGCUUAAUCUAAAAAAGGAUAUGAUCGAAGAACUUACCGAAGCAAAUAGGGCAAAACGUGUUUCCGCAGAUACCGAAAUAGCUCUUCAACAAAUCUCGGAAGCGUACGAAAAUAAAAGAAAAGAAGUGGCCAGAUAUCAAAAACAAUUAGAUGAGGCUAAUGGCAUAAUAAAAGCUUUUAAAGACCAAUUUGAGAAGCAAAAUGAUCUAGAAUAUUGAAAGAAAACAAAAAAAUGUUAUUGUAAAUUGUAUUUGUCAUAUAAUAAUAAGGUUACAAUGAUUUUUUUAA